UCUUCAUCUCCCCCCAGUCUGCCUCUCUUUCUCCUCCCCCUGUCUGUUUCUUUUUCCCCUCUUCUUGUGUUUCUCUCCUGAGACGUCCUCUUUUUUUGAACACUACGACCAACUGGCCCUCCACCCCACGCAGACAGUACGUCGUGAGAGGAGCACAGAAGCCAUGUUUCCUCUUCGUGUACACCUGUUGGCAGUGCUUGUCAGCCUGGCGCUGUGCCAGUAUGACGACUACGACUACGUGCCCAUGACCAUGCUGGGACCCUCCAGUUCCAACUGCAACCGCGAGUGUGAAUGUCCCAUCAACUUUCCCACCGCCAUGUACUGUGACAGCCGCAAGCUCAAGUUUGUCCCAGACGUCCCGUCAGGUAUCAAAUAUCUCUACCUCCAGAACAACCAAAUCGACGAGAUCAAGGCUGGCGUGUUUGACAACGUUACUGCCGAGCUGCGCUGGCUAGUGCUGGACAACAACCAGAUCACCAACGGAAAGAUUGCAUCAGGUACAAUCGACAAACUGACCGCAUUGGAGAAACUCUUCUUCAGCCACAACCAGCUCACAGAGCCGGUUGUCCCUCCUUCCAAGGCCCUGGAUGAGCUGAAACUAACACACAACAGGUUGAGCAAGUUCCCCUCCGGGCUGCUGAACGACAAAGAGAACCUGACCUCCAUCAACGUGCAGCACAACCAGCUCACAUCCGAAGCCAUUGCCGGGGCGUUUAAAGGGUGCAAGAGGCUGCUGUCCCUCGAUGUGAGCUACAACAAGCUAAAGAAACUGCCAGCCGGCGUGCCGGCUUCUCUGGAAAUUCUCUACGCUGACAACAACGACAUUGACAGCAUGGCAUCAGGAUACCUUAACAAGCUGACGGCUCUGCAGUACCUGAGGGUCUCUCACAACAAGCUGGUGGACUCCGGCAUCCCUGCCGGAUUAUUUAAUGUGACGUCUCUGUUGGAGCUGGACCUGUCCUUCAAUAAGCUGCAAUCCAUCCCUGAGAUCAACGAGCAGCUGGAGCAACUUUACCUGCAGGCCAAUGAGAUCAACAAGUUUGAGCUGUCAAGCUUCUGCAAGUACGUCAGCCCUACCAACUAUUCCCAUCUGAAGCACCUGCGCCUGGAUGCCAACAACCUCACGCACCACAGCAUGCCUUCUGAAACUUCCAACUGCCUUCGCGUGGCCUCUGAAAUCAUUUUCGAAUAAGGACAUUGCCCUUCUUUAACUGUCUUUCUCCUCUGUUUAUGGACUCACUUGUUGAAAAAGGUCUCUCAACAACCAAAAAGUAGAAGUAUCAAAUUCAAUACAAUGCCAAUAUCCUAAUGAUACAGUGUGUAAAGAGAGAGCAUGAUAUGUUGUUCUCUUUUACGUUAAUGUUUUUGCCAAAUAUAUGUAUAAACUCAAAGAUAUACCAAAAAUACUGUACUGUACAAUAACAAAACAUUUGGAGGAGCUGUACAGCUCAGCUUGCUAACCAGCUUACAACAAAUUACAACAGAUCUCAUCAAGUUGCACGAGCUGGUUAGCAACUUGGCCUACAAGGGCAUAAACGUGUUGGAAUUUUGAUUGAUGAAAACACACACUUCAAACAUUCCAACUUGACAUGCUAGUGUGUCAAACAGAGACAAGGAGUAAACAACAAAGUUAGCACCUCCACCGUCUCGGUCGUAGUUUUAAUUUGUCGUCUGUCUUGUAUGUUCCGUGUCUAGCAUAUAUAGUGUAAUGUUUAAAUAAGCCAAUUGCUGUGCAAAGGGCCAGCAAGUGUAUAAUUCAUGAAUACAUUGUAAAAUAACUUUUCACUAUAUUGACUUAUUUCUUGAAAUUGCUUCUCAUAGAAAGUUAGCUUACUCGUCAAGCUAAACGGUCACGUACGUGUUUGUUUUUGUAUACUUUCCAUUACUUGCAUGAAUUCAAUGGUAUUAUUCUUUAAUAAUAAACUACAGCUUUUGCAUUUCAGGCGCUUCCAUUGUUGUUUAACACGUUUUAACACAAAAGGUCAACUUGUUAUGGAAACAUCACAUUGUUUGGAUCAUUUCUGGCCUUUGAAUCUCAUGAACUUACUGUGAGGAAUCCCAACUCAGUUGAAUAAACAUUGUUUCCUAUA